CGCUCCGGCGGGCUGGAGCCUCGCUGGCGGUCACGUGACCGCCAUAUAGUAGCAGUCUGCGAGCGCACACGGCCAGAGAGCAGCGCUGCUCCAGCUCCGCUCCCUGCGCGUCUCAAGGGCAAACCCGCUCCCCAGCACGGAAACCCCUACACGCGGCUCGGAUGCACCAGCACGACCCGGAUCACGGUUCCUCCGGACGGACCAGACACGCUGCAUCCCGGCUGCAGACCUUGGAUUGUUUCCUGGAAGACUUUUGUGUCCACAACUGAUGGUUCUGCGUGUCGUCGGAGAGGGACUGGCGGCCUCGGAGACCUGGGUUUAUUUGGUCUAGAGUGUUCCUGAACACAACCCCCCCCCCCCUAGCAGACUCUGACUCCAGCACCACCCAGCACGGUGGGGAAGCUGUGAGGAAUGGUGGACAACUCCCGCCCGGGCGAGGAGACCUUCCUCCCCCCGGUGUACCAGCAGCUGUCCGACAUGGUCACGGACCUGGGCUCCUACCAGGUGAUGCCGUCGCCGUUCUCCGAGGACGAGCUGAGCGAGUCGUCCAGCCCGCGCUCCUGCUCCAGCCCGGACUGCCAGCUGCUCAGCUCCAGCUACGGCAGCAGCUCCAGCGCCGAGAGCCAGGACAGCAUCCUGGACCACCUGCUGUCCCAGGCCUCGCUGGGGAGCACCGGCGCCGCGGCACUGGGACCGGCGGCGCUAUCCGCCUUCCAGUCACACAGAGACGAGCUCCCCAAACGGGAGCCCGUGAAGCAGGAACAUUUCGAAUUCCUGGCCUGGUCCCACGUGGGGGCCGAGGAACAGCUCGGAGCAUCGUUCCAGCCCACGCUGGAGGAGAUCGAAGAGUUUCUGGAGGAAAACAUGGAGAUGGUGACGAUGAAGCACGAGCUCCAGGAAGGCUGCCCGGGACUAGAGCUCGGGCAGGAAGAGGUUGCGGGUCUGGAGUGUUGCAGAGAGGCGUCCCCCGAGCCCAAGCCGGAGCCGGAGCCCAAGUACUCAGACCAGACUGUUCCCACUGCCAGCGCCGCUGUCGCUGGAAGCAAAAGCUCGGUGGCCAGCCAGGCGCGAGGUGAGGCGAGCACAGGGGUCAAGAGAGUGUCGUGCAGCAGAUCCUCGUCAGCGGACACAGAUAACGAAGGAAUGCCGCUCAUCCUUCAGAUCCAGCCCAUUGAGCUCAAACAGGAGCCCGUGGCAGCGCCGCUUACGCCAUCGGCCCCGCCGCCUCCGCCGCCGCAGCAGCAGCAGCAGCAGCCCAGUCUGGGCUCAGACAUCAAAAUUGCACAGCUAUUAGUCAACAUCCAAGGCCAGACCUUUGCCCUGGUGCCCCACGUCUUACCCUCGCCAUGCCUUAACAUCUCCUCCAAAUUUGUCCGUAUUGCUCCAGUCCCCAUCGCGGCCAAGCCCCUGGGGCACGGGGAGCUCCCCUGCGGCCCGGGCGCGGGGAUCCUCGUCGGGGGGCAGAAGUUUCAGAAGAACCCCGUGGCGGAUCUUAUCAAAAUGCACAAAUGCACUUUUCCGGGCUGCACCAAGAUGUACACCAAAAGUAGCCACCUGAAGGCCCACCUGAGGAGACACACGGGCGAGAAGCCCUUCGCCUGCAACUGGCAGGGCUGCGGAUGGAGGUUUUCACGGUCCGAUGAGCUGUCGCGUCACAGGAGAUCCCACUCGGGGGUCAAGCCCUACCAGUGUCCCGUGUGCGAGAAGAAGUUUGCCCGCAGCGACCACCUGUCCAAACACAUCAAAGUCCACCGGUUUCCCCGGAGCAGCCGGACCGUGCGCUCGGCAAACUGACGCUGCUGCGGUCCUGUGGAUUACUGGGAAAGCUGAAAAUACUGGGAUCAACCUCACGGUGAAAUGGGCCUUGGGAGCAAGGGGUGUGUGUGUGUGUGUGCGUGUGUGUGCGUGUGUGUGUGUGUGCAGGUGUGCACACACAUUUUAGUGCUAAAAGCAAGCCUGAAUGAAUAAUUGGUUUAAUUUAUUGUAAACCGACUCAGUUCCCCUGCUGACUGAUCAGCUGAGGGCUGUAGCCGGUGGUGCUCUGGCGUCUUGUGCUCAUCCCCUGCCUCAGCAGAACAUCAGAUAAGCUUAUUUUCCUUCAGUCUGGAUUAUGUGACAACCUUGCGCUUUCAAUCCGCCUGAAUAAAAACAAAUGCCUUUUGUCUUCCUGGAAGCUGCUGAUGACUUGGACAUUACACACCCUUAAACAAAUUCAGGAAGUCAAAUCGAUCCUUAUCCGGAUCCGCCCUGAGCCACCACUGUAUUUAUCGGUUCCUCGGUGGUUUCUUUUUCUUUCUUUUUCUUUCUUUCUUUGUUUUUUUUCCCCGCCCUGUGCCACAGUUCAGACAGUUUGAACGGCAGUUAAUCAGCUCAGUAUUUAUGCACAAUGAGAGAACUCGUACUUUUAUGAAAUUAACUACUGAUAUUACAUAAUAAAGUAAUGGAACUCUCAAACGCUGUAAACUUUACAUGUAGAGAGGAGGACAAAAGUAAAAACACCAGGAGAAUCAAAAGUGAAACGCAACAUUAAGAUGAAGUGCACAGUGAUUUUAUAUCAGCCUUUUUGAUCAGUGUUAAAUGUUCAGUAUUUUUUUUGUUUUUCAUGUCAUUUAUUAAGCUCAGUCAUCUGUACCUGCUUGACGUUAUUCUGUUUGCAUCGGUUUUCACGUUAUCAGUGCUGUUCACACCAAGAAUGGUAAAAAUGACGACAAAAAGAGGUUGUAAAUGCUGUUCCAGAUUAUGUGGAUGGCUGAGUCCACUUCACAACUUUGUAUAACAACAACAGAGGCCAAUGGGUUUGUUGGCAUGGGUUUCUGGUCCAGUGCUGCUUCAGAGCCAAAUGUCAAGCCAGUUCUUUAUUGUCCAGCACCAACCACGAAGCCUCAGCUCUAAGCGCUGUUGAUACUCGGGCCUGAAAACUCUGCAGCCUUUAAGGCCGGGACACACAAACCCGACGGCCGACCGGCGGCAGAAAAGCAGACGGACUGAAAGUCGUCCCCCCUAGUUGGUCCAAAAAAUACUCCCCAACACGCCAACCCGAUGCUGACUGGAGCGUACAUUCUGCGUGUGCGUGAGGCGUAAUACAUCCCUAUAACUGCAGGCGGCGCUAAUCUGUGAUGUCGCCCAGACAGAAAAGGAAAGAACAAUCGGAAAUGACGGAUCGCUCUAGUCCAGGGGUCGGCAACCCAAAAUGUUGAAAGAGCCAUAUUGGACCAAAAACACAAAAAACAAAUAUGUCUGGAGCCGCAAAAAAUGAAAAGUUUUGUAUAAGCCUUAGAAUGAAGGCAAAAGGCGAAAUGUUGAGAAAAAAGUCGAAAUGUCGAUAUUAAAAAGGAAGGGAAAAGGGAAGAAAAAAAGAGAAAAAAGAGAAAAAAAGAGAAAAAAAGGAAAAAAAGAGAAAAAAAAAGCAAUAGGGUGCCACGAGGGCGGCGCUAAAGAGACACAUGCGGCUCUAGAGCCGCGGGUUGCCGACCCCUGCUUUAGUCUAUAGUGUUUUCACUUUUGGUAGAAGUCAAGAAGAAUCGAAAAUACGAUGCUAAUAAUGAAAAUAUAAUACAAUCAAAGACAAUCCAAAUCCAAACCGACGGGAUGAUAGAGUGCAGUGUAGCACUUGUACCGCUGUUUAGCUAGUAAGUUUACCAUCGUCAUUUCCGCUUAACUGAUUCACUAGUCAAGGGCUAGCUAGCACUCCUCCAAACAGAUUGAGCAUAACGGUCGAAUCGGCCGAAAUGGACGCCAACGGACAACAGCACAGGACACACCAACCUGACUCGAGUCAGCGACCUCGCCCGACUGUGUCCGCCGGCCGAUGAUCGGGUUGGUGUGUCCCGGCAUUUAGAUGCACGAACAGGAACGACGGUCACAACAAGCCAAAACAUGGUCUCUGACCGCCAUUACUAAGCCACGUCCAUAACGACCCGCCAUAGACCAGACCCUAAUGAGAAGGAGUUAAUGGUGGCCCGUUGCUUGUUGACUGAGGUGUCUAAAAUAUUUUCACUGCUGCAUUUUCAGGCGGAAGGUCGGCUUAGCUAAGAGCAUUCACAAAUACCAAAACCUAUUUGACAGCCUUCGUAAACACUGACUGGUGAUACGGAGACUAGUUUUGAUUAAGGAUGCUGAUGGGUGGAGGUUCAAACCAUGCAGGAAGAGAGGCACUUAAUGAAGAGGAAAUUUGUGUCAUUUAAAAGCAAAAACGUUCCAAAGUUGAACGGGUUUGGAUCUGGCUCCGGCUACAUCAAAAUGUGCGUCUCCAUCCUGCGACAACGCGCAUUACUUUUUUCAGUCAAAAGCGUUACCGUGGCGACGCUAGACGCCAAAAACUGCGCUGUGCCUCAAGCCCCACAAUACGGUUUGACGUACAUGCACGAAAAUCGGUACACACACGUAUCAUGUCACAACUUAAAGAAAAGUGUCUUGGCGCCAUGGCCGAAACCGAACAGGAAGUCGGCACUUUUGAAUUAAUUGUGUAAUUUUGCCGCAAUUUAUGCCAUUUCUUCGGCCGUUUCUUCGCCCGAACCGUAACGUGCACCCAGGUGUGUUAUACAUCUAAAGCUCCAGCAGCAUCUGGUUCAAUUCGGCCCAAAAAGGGGAAUUUCAGGACAGUUCAUAACAAUAAUAAAGACAAUGAAAAUAAAAGACGACCAAUGGAAAUUCAUUUUAAAAUGACACGCCGUUGAUUUUCCUGAGAAAUGCUACCAAACGGUAUUUGAUGCUUGUGUUUUUGACGUUGUCUUUGAUGACUGCUGGAUGCACCAAACUGCGAUUGAUUUCAUAUGAAAAUGUGUAAAUCAUUUACCCUCAAAUCUUCAAACGUCAUGCGUUUGAAGAGUGUUUUCUGGAGCCACAUAUUUCUGGUUCUGGGCUCCACAGCAGCAGCAGGUCAGCAACGUCCCUGGUGGGGCAUAAAUACAGAGGUUUGGAGCGCUAGCGCCGUAUUGUUCAGCGGUUCGGACACUCGUUAUUGUUACGCUUCUUGGUGUGAACGGGCCUCGUGUGUGCAACAAAAGUCGAUGUGAAGACCAUGCUUUUGUUGUUCUGAGUCUAACCGGGUUUGAAAUGACUGCUCAUUACGAGGUCCUGCCAUGAAACACGAGACCGAAACGUCUCCAUCUGCUAUUUCUAUCCGAACUUUCAUUUUUGCUGAGAACUUGACACAAAAUCUGCCUCAACCCUGCUUUAUUUGUUACCGGCAACACCCUGACGGCCUUCCACUUCUGCUGGCAGCG